UAUGUCGAAGAAAGACAAGCUGCGUUCGCACUACGGUGGGCUAAUUACAACUUCGAAAACUAAACAAUCUCGACAACUACAUCACUGGAAUUCUUGGCCAACCUCCAAACUACUACCACCAAUAAUUCGGCAGGUAUCCAACGGAAGAAAUGGUAAAGAACAUAAUGAUGGAAAAGAAAAAGACGUACUGAAAUGUCUACCGAAAAUAUCAUUUACGAAGAGUAAGGAGCCACCCCCUAGACCUAGAUCUAAAAGUUAUGAUUAUUCGACCGUUGCUUUUCUUCCACCUUUCAAUUUAAAUCUAACGCCAAAAGCGAGUCCAAGAUUAUCAGAAGAAUCGUUAGCUAGUCGAACGAAAAGUGUGAAACCUGUAGAACGUUCGCCUGAAAUCAGGAGAUCAGAUGCUGAUUCUGUUUGCAGUCAGGAAACAUUCGAGAAAUGCUGGAAAUGGAUCGAAUCUUUACCCAGAAAAUUCUCUGGUCUGAGUGACGUUAUAUCUAAACCAGAGCCGGACUUUUAG